ACGGGUGCUAGUCGCGUUUUUAUCUUUGACCAUACUAUUCGCCGGCAGCUACCUGGCACAGCAGCACAAGGACGAGCAGCUCGUGGACCCGUGCAAAGAGUUCAUAUUGACCAAUCUUACAAGGCCGCUCUUUCCCGGGUUCCUCACCACCUCCCAGAUGAUGCCGAUAAGUUGCUCAAAGGUCGAGUACAAAUCAUCAACGUUUGGAGGCCCAUCAAAACAGUUCAACGAGACCCACUCGCCAUUGCGGACGCCAGGUCUGUCGCCGAGUCAGAUCUAGUCGUAACCGGACUGAUUUACCCUGAUCGGCGAGGAGAGACAUACGCAGUGAGACAUAGCAACGCUCACAAGUGGUACUAUAAAGAUGGUCUCACACCGAACGAAGUAAUUCUCAUUAAGUGCUUCGACAGCAAGACGGACGGAAGAGCUAGGAGAGUCCCCCACACUGCUUUCGUUGAUCCAACGGCAAGCUCGGAUGCACCACCAAGAGAAAGCAUAGAGGUUCGAGCUCUUGUUUUCCAUCCGGAAGACCAAACAUAG